GGAAAAAAAAACCAAAAAACACAUGGUCUCUCCCUAGAGAGAGAGAGAGAGAGAGAGAGACUUGCAGUUGCAGGUGAAAUGGUGGCGUGGACUUUCUUGUACUGAUUUCCGUAGUUCAGAUCCUGAGACGCUCCCCAAGACAGACAGAAAAGACAGCGACCCAUUAACCCAGACGCAGACAAACUUCGACUUCCACCUUUGGAAGAGGAGGAAGAUCACCAGAGAAACGUGGGUUGGAGGGAGAGGGAGACAAGAGACUUUCUUGAUUUUCUUGAUUUUCUUGAUUUUCUGUUCGCCGAGUAUGGCCACGGACGAAAAACCGCCGCCGCAGCAGCCGCCGCCGCCGCCGUCGUCGGCGUCGGCGUCGGCGUCGUCGGCGAAGCCUCCCGCGCGGCCCACCAUCACUCUCCCCCCGCGCGCCUCCAUCGACUCCUUCUUCUCCAACGGCCCCGCGGCCGCCUCCGCCGGGGGGCUCGGCCUCAGCCUCGGCUUCAGCCCCGGCCCGAUGACCCUCGUCUCCAGCUUCUUCUCCGACUCCGAAGAGUACAAGUCCUUCUCCCAGCUUCUCGCCGGCGCCAUGGCCUCUCCCGCAGCUCAACGCCCGCCCCCCGCCGCCGGGGAGCCCGCUCCUCCCGCUCCCCCGGCCGCGGCCGGCGAGGGGGAGUUCCGGUUCAAGCAGAACCGGCCCGAGGGUUUGGUAAUUUCGCCGCCGCCUCCCCUGUCGCCGCUCUUCGCGGUGCCUCCCGGGCUUAGCCCCACCACGUUGCUCGACUCGCCGGGGUUUUUCUCGCCGGGGCCUUUUGGGAUGUCACAUCAACAAGCCCUGGCACAGGUUACUGCUCAGGCUGCACAAGCCCAGUCCUAUUUGCAGAUGCACUUUGAAUAUUCAAACUCAGCAUCUGCAGCGCCUGCAACGUCUCUGGCACAGCCAAUCUUCCAGCAGGUGCCAUCUUUACCAGAUGAGAAAGUUGCAGUGACUGAAUCGUCUGAGCUAUCUCAGUCUGAUCUGAGAGCACAACCUCCCUUGCAAGUAGAUAAACCAGCUGAUGAUGGGUAUAAUUGGAGAAAAUAUGGGCAGAAACAGGUUAAGGGUAGUGAAUUCCCAAGGAGUUACUACAAAUGCACACAUCCUGACUGCCCUGUCAGGAAAAAGGUUGAGCGUUCUCUUGACGGCCAUAUAACAGAAAUAAUCUAUAAGGGACAGCACAACCAUCAACGUCCUCUAAAUAAGCGCACAAAAGAUGCUGGAACUGCUGGUGGUGGUGAUUCGCAUGUUCAGGAGCAUCCGCAAUUUAUGUCACAUGUUCAGAGUGGUGAACCUUCUAAUUUAAUGUUUAAAAAGGAGCAGGAAUCUAGCCAAUUAACUCCUGAGCAUUUGUCCGGUACAAGUGACAGUGAAGAAGUUGGAAAUUCUGAGUAUGGAGCAGAGGAAGGAUGUGAAGGUGAACCUGAACCCAAAAGACGCAACACAGAAAUUAGGGUUGUGGAGUCUGCUGCUUCACUCAAGGCUGUAAGUGAACCCAAAAUAAUUGUGCAAACAACCAGUGAAGUUGAUCUUCUGGACGAUGGCUACAGAUGGCGGAAAUAUGGGCAGAAAGUAGUCAAAGGGAAUCCUUAUCCAAGGAGCUAUUACAAGUGCACAACUCCUGGAUGCAAUGUUCGUAAACAUGUAGAGAGGGCUUCAACUGACCCCAAAGCUGUCAUUACGACGUAUGAGGGUAAACACAAUCAUGAUGUACCGGCUGCCAGAACCAGCAGCCACAGUAUUGCCAACUCUAACAUACCACAGGUUAGGCCACAUCAAACACAAGACAAUAGGCGCACCUCAAGUGGCAAAACAGAUUUUGUGAAUAGGCCGAUAGCACGCCUACUUUUGAAAGAAGAGCAGACAACAUAAACUUUACUGGUUUUGGGAAUAUGAUGGAGCAUGAACCGUAGACAACAAAGUGCAUCAAUGGGAAAAAAGAAAAAAGAAGACGUAACAUAUGCUUUUUCAGCGAUCAGGGCCAAUUUGGUGUCUGCAUUCUGUGGCCAUUGUUUUGUUCAAGGCUGAGUGCUCUGCUCGAUGAUAUAGACCAGAAAGAGGGACAAAUGGAAAGGAGCCUGUAUAGGAGCGAGCUUGUGAUGUGUUGUUGUAUGGGUUACUGCCGAGUCGGAGCAUGUUGUAUUUAAAUUUCUUUUCCUAUCCUGCAUUCUUUUGUACAUGAAGAUACACUAGUGAUGCUUUAAAGAAUACAUAAUAUUGUACUUUAUAAUACUACUAUUUGUGUGCUUGUUC